AUGACCGAUUUUUUCGACUUCUUCUCGCGGCUGGAGGAUCUCGCGGGGGAGGUCGAACGACGGACGUCCAAUCCGACCCUCGCAGCGAAGGUGGUGCACUCGCUCGCCGUCAUCGACAAAGCCUUCGACAUCUACUCUGAGCAGGGGCUGGCCGUCAGCUUCAACGGAGGGAAAGACUGCACGCUCCUCCUCCACCUCGCCCUCUACGCCUACCUUCACCGGAGGAAGGCGAAGGGUGAAACGACGGCGAUGGCGAAGCACGAGGGCGAGAGGUCGGAAGGAAAAGAAGAAGAGCAGCGCGCGGGGACGGAGGGUGAUCGGGCGCACUACUGGAUGCGGAUCCUCUACUUCUGGUUUCCCACGUGCUUCCCCGAAGAGACUCAGUUCGUGAUGGACACGACACAAAGCCUGCGACUAGGGCUGAUCAAGUCGACCAAGCCGUACCGGGAGGGGCUGCAGGAGAUCAUUGAAACGGAACGACCACCCAUCCGGGCCAUUUUUAUGGGCACCCGCUACACCGACCCCUCCUGCGCACGGCUCGAGGAGUUUUCGGAGAGCACGCCGGGCUGGCCCACCUUCAUGCGAGUCAACCCCAUCCUCGAUUGGUCCUACUCAGAGGUGUGGGCCUUCAUUUUGGCGAUGGGCGUACCCUACUGCUCGCUUUAUGACAAAGGGUACACAUCGAUUGGGGAGGUAAACAACACAAAGCCCAACCCAGCACUCCUUGUGGAGGGGUGCACCUACGCUCCAGCCUACAACCUUAAGGAAGAAGAGCUGGAGCGUGCUGGUCGCCAGAGCCGAUCUGUGUAA